AUGUCAGACAACCCAAGUUCUGAACACCAGGCGGCUUCUCAAGGAGAUCCUAUUGAGCCUGACUGGCCUUUAGCUCAGCAUGACAUAUUCUCACAGAAACCUCCUGGAUGUGGGCUAAACUUGACAUAUCUUGCACCGUCGAGAUGCAAUUCUAUAGCCAACAACUAUAAAUUCAAUGCAAAUGGCUCUAGAUCUCACAAUGAUCUAGUCCCCGAAGCUUAUUCCUCCAGAAGUUCUGUUGUAAAUAGUAACCGGCCAUCUCUUGAGUGCUUUGAUCCUCACUACUCAUUCAGAAAACUCACAAACCCUAUCCGCAACGAGCACACUGAAGUAACAAACAACAAUGCAAUACGCGACCAAGAGUUUAAGCUUCCGGCUACACUGUCAUCGGAACUCUCGGUUAGCGCACCACCUCAAGUUUUACAAGAGACCGAUCAGAAUGAAGAACGAUACAAGUAUCUGAGCACACUUUACUCUGUCGGGUAUUCUGACCUCCAAGACACCAAGAAAAAUAAUUAUGGCAUGGAUACAACAAAGAAGUGGUUUGGAUCUAGACGCAAAGAUAAUCCAUCCGCUGCUCUAAAAGACGUGGAAAGAGCAGACGACAUGAUGCCUCAAAAGUUAUCCAGGGCUUAUUUUAUCAUUGGAAUUUUCUUUCCUCCAUUCUGGAUCAUAGGCUCUAUCUACAAUCCUGCCUCAGACACCAAACCGAGUGGAAAUGAACAGCGAGUUGAUACCAGAUGGAGAAGACGUUCCCGGAUAUGUUUAUUUUGCUUUGUUAUCCUUAGUAUUCUUCUUGCCCUUGCUUUAACUCUUCACCCGACCGUAAUCGGCUGGAAGGAAAUCGAAAAAGUUGAUGUUAAGCGUACUAUAGCCGACUCUGGUCCGCUUUACCAUUCUAUCAUAACACCAGUAUUAUAG